AUGCACAGAAGUGUCCAGCUUUAUCGGCAUGGUGACAGAUCUCCUCUUUCAACUUUUCCCAAAAAUACAAUCAAAGAUGAUGCCUGGCCAAAGGGAUAUGGACAACUGACUAAGAUUGGAAUACAGCAGGCAUACAACCUUGGGAAGUGGUUAAAAGAUAGAUACAAGAACUUCUUAAUUUCUGAAUACAAGCCAAAAGAGAUUUAUGUUCGAAGUACAGAUUAUGAUCGAACCUUAAUGAGUGCUGAAGCAGUCCUGGCUGGUCUCUUUCCUCCUUUAAGGGAAGAAGAAUGGAACCCAGACAUUCAUUGGCAACCUAUUCCAGUUCAUACUGUGCCCCUUUCAGAGGAAAAGUUAUUAAUAUAUCCUAUUUAUAAAUGCCCAGAGUUUAAUAGAUUACUACAACAGUUCAAACAACAAAUAAAGUCCAAGGACCUCUUGAAAAAUUACAUGGCACUGAUACGAGGUUUUGCAAUACAUCUGGGAUAUGACAUGCAAAAGCUGCUGAAUUUUGAAAAUUUGUUACUCUGGAAAGCAUAUGAUACUUUAAAAAUUCAGGAAAUAUACAAAUAUCCUUUACCAAAUUGGGCUGAUAAAAAGACUAUGCAAAGGGUAAAAUCCCUGUUGGAAUAUGUGGUAAAUGGCGCUUUUGGGGGACCGUUAAAAAAUAAGAAAUCAAAACUACAAGGAGGUAUCCUUGUGAAACAUAUUCUGGAAAAAAUGACAAGUGUGAUUAACAACAACAAAGGACUUAAAAUGAUCAUGUAUUCAGCACAUGAUAUGACAAUCAUUGCUCUGCAAAUAGCACUUGGUGUUUACAACAAGUUAUUACCUCCUUAUGCUGCCACCCAUAUUUUUGAGUUAUAUGAAGAAGACAAUGGAAGCCAUACCAUUGAGAUGUAUUAUCGGAACAACACUGCUGUUGAACCCCAUAUGCUCACUUUGCCAGGAUGCUCAAAGGCUUGUCCAUUGGAGAAGUUCCAAAAUCUGGUUACUCCUAUUUUGCCAACAAAAGAAUGUUGA